AUGUUUACCGCAAAACUCACUGCCAUUGGAAGACGGACAAAUAACACUGGCUCCAAUAGUCGAAUACAACACCCUUGGAGCACUGGCUCCAAUAGUCAAGUCGAAUACAACGUGCUAGAAACAGUGGUUCCACAAGUCGAGUACAACACCCUUGAAGUAGUGGCUGCAAUAGUCGAGUACAACACCCUUCAAGCAGUGGUUCCACAAGUCGAGUACAACCCCCUUGAAGUAGUGACUCCAAUAGUCAAGUACAACACCCUUGAAGUAGUGGCUGCAAUAGUCGAGUACAACACCCUUCAAGAAGUGGUUCCACAAGUCGAGUACAACCCCCUUGAAGUAGUGACUCCAAUAGUCGAGUACAACACCCUUGAAGCAGUGGCUGCAAUAGUCGAGUACAACACCCUUCAAGCAGUGGUUCCAAUAGUCGAGUACAACACCCGUGAAGCACUGGCUCCAGUAGUCGAUUACAACACUCUUGGAGCAGUGGCUCCAACAGUCGAGUACAACACCCUAGAAGUAGUGGCUCCAAUAGUCGAGUACAACACCCUUGAAGCAGGGGUUCCACAAGUCGAGUACAACACCCUUGGAGCAGUGGUUCCACAAGUCGAGUACAACACCCUAGAAGUAGUGGCUCCAAUAGUCGAGUACAACACCCUUCAAGCAGUGGUUCCACAAGUCGAGUACAACACCCUUCAAGCAGUGGUUCCACAAGUCGAGUACAACACCCUAGAAGUAGUGGCUGCAAUAGUCGAGUACAACACCCUUCAAGCAGUGGUUCCACAAGUCGAGUACAACACCCUAGAAGUAGUGGCUCCAAUAGUCGAGUACAACACCCUUCAAGCAGUAGUUCCACAAGUCGAGUACAACACCCUUGAAGUAGUGGCUCCAAUAGUCGAGUACAACACCCUUGAAGCACUGGCUCCAAUAGUCGAGUACAACACCCGUGAAGCACUGGCUCCAGUAGUCGAUUACAACACUCUUGGAGCACUGGCUCCAAUAGUCAGUUGGAGCACCCUUGAAGUAGUGACUCCAACAGUCGAUUACAACACCCUUGAAGCAGUGGCUCCAACAGUCGAGUACAACACACUGGUCUGA